GGUUCGGGGUACCCCUAGGGGUAUCAUCAGAUAGAGGGCCCCAUUCCAUAGCUACAGUAGUAAAAGAAGUAAGUAGAUUGCUGGGGAUAACUUGGGACCUCCACACACCGUGGAGACCCCAGUCAAGUGGACAGGUAGAGAAGAUGAAUCAGACACUAAAAAGGCAAAUCAGUAAAAUAUGCCAAGAAGCCAAGCUGCAGUGGCCCCAGGCUUUGCCAAUAGCACUGUUGAGGAUUAGGAUAAAACCUAGGAGCGGGAUGUCAGUCAGUCCUUAUGAGAUAUUGUAUGGGAAACCAUAUGAAUCUCCUGAGCCUAACCCUAAUAUAUACAUCACAGGAAAGCAGGAAGUGUAUAAUUAUGUUCUGUCUCUUGGGAAAACUUUAGCUUGGCUCUGGAGCAUCCUUGUGUGGAAUAGACCAAUAACUCUCGAGAAUCCAGUUCAUAACAUACAUCCAGGAGACAAGGUGUACAUUAAAAACUGGAACGAAGAACCGCUGAAAGAAAAGUAGAGUGGACCCUAUCAGGUACUGCUGACCACCUUUACAGCAGUCAAAGUAGCCGGCGUGGACCCCUGGAUUCACUAUACCCAAGUGAAGAAAGUCCAUCCUGGAUCAUGGACUAUGUAAACUGUGGAACCAAGACUGCAGAUAAGAAGUGUUUAAUUACUUUGAGAAUGCUAUUAGUAAUUGUGCCAGUGUUAUGGUCAUUAAUGUCUUUGGGAUGUGGAAUGCAAAAAGAUCAACUAACCACUCUUCAUUCUAGAAUGAAGGGAGAGGUACAAGCAGAAACACAGGUGAUAAAAAUUUCUAAUGCAGUUCGGGCUGAGAAUGUAAUGAUUGGAUUAGUCAAAGAUUUUGCCGAAAUGCAAAACACCAGUAGAAUAACUGCCUGUCUGCCAACACCAAAGGCAGCAGGAGACCCAGUAAAUUGGGGAAUCAUAACAUCAAAACUACCUGAAAUACAAAAGAACAAAACAAUUGCAUGCAAACAGGUACCCGAGUCGAGGCAAGUAGUCAAAGAAACUUAGGAGAAAAUAGGAACAUGGAUGAGACCUAUGAGCCAGAAAGACUGUAUUCUAAGUGAUGGCAUACUAGGAACCCCUAUGGGACAGUCAGGAGGCAUCACACAAUGGCAAUGCUAUUUGCCACACUAUAAAAGAUUAUAGAAAAUGUUACAGAAACCACUCUGGUAUGGAAGUGUGAGGCCGAUGAUCAGAAAGAUCAGAUAGAGCCUUGGCACAGUGCGUGGUCUGUGAGUAUACUUCAAAAAUUCCAAUAUAUGGCAAACACCCCUUGGUGUAUUAAGUGGGAAGGCUCCGAGAAUGAAACAGAUCCAGCAGUAACAUACACUGCCACUAGGAGCAGAACGUGGGCAGACAAAGUAAGUUGGUGGGCAUGCAAUAAAACUUAUGACUGCACUUCUGAUAAUGCAGAGAUAAAACAGAUGCCACCCCUGGCAAUAGCCCUACAGAUUGGAUGUGCUUGCAGAGGGAUCAAAUAUAAACAAGGCAAAAUUAAUUCUAAAGUAGUUGUAGGAUGUACCAGGAGUACAAUUAAAAGUCCAGGACAAUUUGUAUGGGCAACAAGCGAUGGUACCUGGACAACACAUCUGCCUAUAGAUGGGAAAGUAAAGGAAAUUACUUUGGGCCUCCCAACCUUAUGUCCAAUUUGGAAAAAGUCCCCAUUUAAUGGAAAACAUGAACUUCUGCAGAUAAGAGCAAGACGAGAAGUUCUAGACAAUGAAAAUCCAGAUGACACUUGGCAAGAACCCUCUAGUGGAGUGAAAUUUGAGUGGGCCCUAGAGUGUUUGCUUGGUCCUAUAGCAAACUAUCAGAGUAGAGAGAUGCUGUACAAACUUACAGGUCAGGUAGAUAGACUGGCAAGAGUCACCCAGGAAGGAUUUAAAGAAUUAAACGUACAAUUACAAGCCACCACAAAGAUGACUUUACAAAAUCCAUUAGCCUUAGAUUUGUUACUCCUGAAAGAGCACGGAGUAGGUGGACUUUUAAAGGGACGAGUUGAUCAUUGCUGCGUUCACAUCCCAAAUGUAGCUGCAGAUGUAGAAUAUGACAUCAAUCAGUUGAAACAAAUAGAGCAUGAAGCACAAGAAGAGCAAAAGGAUUUGACUACAAGCUGGUUAGGAAAAAUCUUUAAAGGGUUAGGGUGGAAUGUGAGUUCAUAGAUUAAAUCUAUCAUUGAGAGUGUGAUAAUCUUACUAAU